UCUAGAUCAUGGUCACAGAGACGGUCCUCUUUCUGGUACAGUACACGUCCAAAGAGUUUGACCGACUGGAGACGACGGUUGCCACGGGAGACUGCUGCUACCUCAACCCACUGGUCAGGCGCACCUUCCGCUUCCUGGGGGUGUACACCUUCGGCCUGUUCACCGUGGACAUCUUCGUCAACGCGGGCCAGGUGGUGACGGGGAACCUGGCGCCCUACUUCCUGACGGUGUGCAAGCCCAACUUCACGGCGCUGGGCUGCCAGCAGGCGCUGCGCUACAUCAGCCACCAGGAGGCGUGCACCGGGGACCAGGGGGACAUCCUGAGGGCCCGCAAGACCUUCCCCUCCAAGGAGGCGGCGCUCAGCGUCUACGGCGCCCUCUACCUGGCCAUGUACGUGACCUGCACGGUGCGCGCCAAGGGGACGCGGCUGGCCAAGCCCGUGGUGUCGCUGACCCUGGUCUGCCUGGCCUUCCUCACGGGCCUCAACCGGGUGGCCGAGUACCGCAACCACUGGGCCGACGUCAUCGCCGGCUUCGUCAUCGGCGGGGCCAUCGCCACCUUCCUGGUGGUGUGUGUGGUGCACAACUUCAAAGGCAAGCUGCUGCUUGGUGAGGACCCCCCCCCCUCCCCCUCCCAGGACCCCCUGCCUGGUGGGUCGGUCCUCAACAUGGGCCGGGUCGACGCCUCCCUGGAGAAGUACAUCGCCUCGCAGAUCUGGAACGCUGACAAGGGCUUUAUGACAAUGGAGGCCGACUUCCAAGAACCACAUCGCCUUCGCUGAGGUCACAUGACGUUGAGUCGGCUGUCCGGGAAACCCACUGGGCCUCCAGCCUGUUCACCAUCCAGUCCCGUUAGCAUUAGCUUACUGAUCCACUGUUCACCAUCCAGUCCCGUUAGUAUUAGCUCCUAGUUUAGACCCACUGUUCACCAUCCAGUCCCGUUAGCAUUAGCUCCUAGUUUAGACCCACUGUUCACCAUCCAGUCCCGUUAGCAUUAGCUCCCAGUGCAGAUCCACUGUUCACCAUCCAGUCUCGCUAGCGUUAGCUCCCAGUGCAGAUCCACUGUUCACCCUCCAGUCCCGUUAGCAUUAGCUCACAGUCCAGACCCCCAGUUCAUCCUCCAGUCCCGUUAGCAUUAGCUAACAUUGAAGACCCACUGUUCACCAUCCAGUCCCAUUAGCAUUAGCUUACAUUGAGGACCCACUGUUCACCAUCCAGUCCCGUUAGCAUUAGCUUACAUUGAGGACCCACUGUUCACUAUCCAGUCCCGUUAGCAUUAGCUUACAUUGAAGACCCACUGUUCACCAUCCAGUCUCGUUAGCAUUAGCUCCCAGUGCAGACCCACUGUUCAACAUCCAGUCCCGUUAGCAUUAGGCCACAGUGCAGAACAGACCCACUGUUCACCCUCCAGUCCCGUUAGCAUUAGGCCACAGUGCAGACCCACUGUUCACCCUCCAGUUCCGUUAGCAUUAGCUCCCAGUGCUGUCCAACCAGACCUCCACCAUUCACCAUUCACCAUCCAGUGCAGCGCCAGACCACCCACCGUCCACCAUACCUCUCUGUGGCUCAGCUUUGCAUUCACAUGUGUAUACAUACUGUAUAUCUAUAUUUACAUCUAUCUAUAUAUAGAUAUGUAUGCAUGUAUGCAUGUAUGUAUGUAUGUAUGUAUGUAUGUAUGUAUGUAUGUAUGUAUGUAUGUAUGUAUGUAUGUAUGUAUGUAUGUACGUACGUACGUAUGUAUGUAUGUACGUAUGUACGUAUGUACGUACGUACGUACGUACGUAUGUACGUAUGUAUGUAUGUAUGUAUGUAUAUCAUCUAUACUAGUCACCUUCUCCACAUUGUAAGUAGGCUUGAGGAGCCAAGAAGGUGGAUCAGAAGUCAAGAGCUUUCCCACCGAUCAGAAUGGGUUCCUCACUGUCAGUCAGCCGUGAGUUUCUGAGCGAGGGGCCAGAGGAGGAGAUAAUCGGAGUCAACGAGUGGAGCUGUUCAAAUGUAAUUUGUGUAUAAUACUUUUUGGUCAAAUAUAUUUAUCCUCUCUUGCAUUUUGGGGACAUUUGAAACGCAGAAUGGGACACUAAAUGCAUUUGAAACCUUUUUGUACAUCUUUGAUUUGUUUGACAAACGGCGGAGUUUGUAGUCUUUCCAUGUGGCGUUAUAAACUGUUCACAUCUCCAGACGGCAGAACCCGGGGGAACCCGGGUUCCACCUGGAUCUGGGCCGUGGGUUGAUGUUUCCAUGCGGUCCAACGAGACCAAACAGGGUUGCGAGUGUCACCAGACAAUCACAGGUUCCUGUUUCCCCCCUUUCUACCUCCCCUCUGUGUGUGAGUGUGUGUGUUUGUGUGCGCAUGUGCCGUGGGUGUGUGCGUGAGUGCGUACACGUGCGUGUGCAUUGUGUAUUUGUGCUUUAUUGUUGCAAACAGCACAGAUGUGAAAUAGAUUUUAAAAACGUAGCAAAGAGGUCUUUCCUGCGUUGUCUUUAUCGUGGACAUUAAAAAGGAUAUACAGGAUUAUAUGACAGUUAUAUGCAACAUAAGAGUUGCUGUUGGACUCACAGGCCAACACUGAGAUUUUUGGUUUGUGUGCUUGUGGGUAUAUAUUAAUCUGAUGUAGUUUAUAGCUAGACGUCUACUGUCUCAUCUGUUUCUGUUACCUAACGGUGUUACACCAGGUUCAAUCCUGUUCUAGUGUAGUUGACUUGUUUCAUGUUUUUGCAACAGAUUCACAUUGACACUGGUAGGGAACUCUCUGUUCCUUAGACCAUUUACAGCGAAAAAAGAAAGCCAUGUAUCUCUUUACAUUUGAUCAUCUCUUUGAUUCAACCAAAGCCCUAUUAGACCUGGUUUACGACGACCUCAAGGUGGCUUAUUGAACGUGAUUUCCUCAGACCACAGCACUAUGUUCCUCUCUGCUUCUGCUGCGCUUUAACCGCCCCUGCAGAGCUUCUGCUUUCUGCCGACCAGUGGGGGAGACUCGAGCUCCUCAUCGUUGAUUACGAAAUCAAUCAGAGUGAUAGAAAGCUUGGUGUACCUCAUCACGCUUACCCCAGAGGGGCGUGGUCACACAGAUGUAGAUGUUCAGACCACCUUCUCCAGCAUCUGCGCUGACAUCAUCUUAUUUGACACCAACCGCAGAUUCCGGAGGGCUGGGAUGACACUGGGGAGGCUUUUCCAGUGACGUUCCAUGGCUGAGUCUGUGCUUCUUGAUAAUGCUAUGAAACUUGGUGAAAAGGAAUAAUUCUAUAUAGAGAGAUCUCACUUGUGCAGCAAUCAGCUCCAUUCUGAUCUGCAACUGUUUCAGCUCCCCUUCACCGCAUUACAAACGCAACGUUCGGAAAUGUCAAGCUAGUUGUUUGCUUCGGAGGAUCACAGCAUAUCUCGUGCAUAAACGAGGCACACCUGCAGGGUGAAGCCGAGGUGCUGUUGAACUCGAUUCUGGUUUGGUUGAUGGGUUAAGAGUUCUAAGCGGCUUGUGUUUCCCUGAACGAUUCAAAGUGCCAACGGUUGUGAAGUCCUUUUCUUUAGUAGCAAUAACAUGCGCGACUUUGCUUUCCCCAUUGGUUCAGAGAGUUACUUUGUGUACAAAGUCUCAUUCUGUCGGCCCUAAAUUUUCUAUUUUUAUAGUAAUCACUGAAGCACUUAAAUAAAAGAUAAGAAAGAGAGUGGAGACUUGAGGCAGGAACAUGAAGCACUUUAAAUCAAGGUACAGCUCCUAUCAUCGCUAUGAAGUGUCCGCCAGUGCGGCUCGUGCUUUAAAGAACAAUGCUGCCGGGUAUUCAGGAUCCAUCACGUAUAUACGCUCUAAGUGCAUUGUAAGAGCUGAAAUAAUAUUCUAAGAUAUUCUACUGAAAACAACUGUAAAAAAUUGUACACGUUGGAAAUAUUUAGAUAUAUCCUUUUGGUCAUGUUGUAAAUUACUACUGUCUUGUUAUGACUGUGCACUGUAUGUGUGUGAGUGUCUGAAGGAAAAAAUAUGUACGGAAACAUCUUGAAUAUUAUUUUAUUCUGAUAUAACUACUACUGAUUAUAUCUACUCCAUGUUAUUUUACUAGAAGUAUAUUUCAUAGAAUUGUUCAUUUUCUUUCAUUCAUUCUUGUGUGGAGAGUGUUGAUAUUCAUCUCUAGUUUGUUAUUAAGUUCCAAACUAAAUUUGACUUAUUCAUGUUGAUAUAGUGUUUCAAACACAUUAACCUCCACCAACUUGGUUUCCAAAUGUGUUUAUACGUCUCCCAGACUCAUGUGUGUUUUCUUCACCUUUAGACAAAACCUUUGGUGUUGCUAUGAUUAUAGCAUCCUCUUGCUUUUUAUACUUAACCUAUGCUCAUAUUUCUCUUGAGGGUUUUAUUUUUUUCCAAUAUUCAUUAUACUUGUGACCUAUUACACUGUAGAAAGCUUAUGAAAUGUACAGAUUUUGAAUUAAAAAAAAUCCCAGCGUUAGUAUUGGA